ACGUGGUCCACCAGGCAUCAGCUGAUGACUUCUGUUGUUGCCAUUCUGCUUGUCGUUGGAGAUUGCAGAAGCGCUUUCUUUCAUCCAAGAACGGACUCGGUUUCCUUGGUCUUGUUGAUGUCCAAUUAAGGAUUAAGAAGCAGUGUCCCUCUCCUCAGCCGUUGCUAACAUUCCAUCCAUGAGUGCCUCGGACAGUGAAGAGGACUCCUACAAUGAGAGGACAGCUCUGGUUGCAUCCAAGAUACCGCCUGUGCCAUUUUACCAACAAGACCCCGACCAACCCCAGCCUGCAGACAUGGAGCCCAGGCGGCGCCCGGUGGCCCCAGAGCCUGCAGCUGAGCCCCCCAGCCUGGACAGGAGUGCCGUGGAGCGGGAGCCCGUAGACCUGGAGGACGACGAGGAACGUACCCUCAAGUACGGCGCCAAGCAUGUCAUCAUGCUGUUCGUCCCCGUCACCCUUUGCAUGGUGGUCGUCGUAGCCACCAUCAAGUCGGUCAGCUUCUACACUGAGAAGAACGGACAGCAGCUGAUCUACACGCCAUUCACAGAGGACACAGACACGGUGGGCGAGCGGCUGCUCAACUCUGUGCUCAACACCCUCAUCAUGAUCAGCGUCAUCGUGGUCAUGACCAUCUUCCUGGUCGUGCUCUACAAAUACCGCUGCUACAAGUUCAUUCACGGAUGGCUCAUCCUGUCCUCACUGAUGCUGCUCUUCUGGUUCAGCUUCAUGUACCUGGGGGAGGUAUUUAAAACCUACAACAUGGCCAUGGAUUACCCCACAGUAGCCAUGAUCAUCUGGAACUUUGGGGCGGUGGGAAUGAUCUGCAUACACUGGAAGGGGCCCCUGCAGCUGCAGCAGGCCUACCUCAUCUCUAUCUCGGCCCUCAUGGCCCUGGUGUUCAUCAAGUACCUGCCCGAGUGGUCCGCCUGGGUCAUCCUGGGAGCCAUCUCCGUCUACGAUUUGGUUGCAGUCUUGUGCCCCAAAGGUCCUCUCAGGAUGCUUGUAGAGACAGCACAGGAGCGCAACGAGCCCAUCUUCCCUGCACUCAUAUAUUCAUCUGCCAUGAUAUGGAUGGUUGGGAUGGCCAACCCAGCAAGAAAUGCAGAGCCCACAAAUGAAGAUACAGACGAGGAAGCACAUCAGAGUGAGGGCAGCGCCCUGGCGAGAGACUGGGCGGAGCCAGAGACCCAAGUGUCCUCAGGGAUCAACAGGUCCUACUCAACCGAGGACGACCUAGACGAGGAAGACCGAGGAGUCAAGCUGGGACUGGGGGACUUCAUCUUCUACAGUGUGCUGGUGGGGAAGGCUGCCGCCACCGGAGGAGACUGGAACACCACGCUGGCCUGCUUUGUGGCCAUUCUCAUCGGACUCUGCCUCACUCUUCUGCUGCUGGCCAUAUUCAAGAAGGCCCUCCCAGCUCUCCCCAUCUCCAUCACCUUCGGCCUGGUCUUCUACUUCUCUACAGACAACCUGGUCCGCCCCUUUAUGGACAACCUCGCCGCCCACCAGUUCUACAUCUGACUUCCCCUCUGGGGGUCAGUGGAACGCACAACCAUUUUUUCCCCCACGCCUGUUCUCGUGUUUUCCACCAAUGGUAGUCUGUGAGCAAAGAUUUGAUUGGGGGGGCUAUAAUGCUUUUAAAUCAGAUUGUGUAUAUUUUGCUAACAGGUCACCACAAACAAGGGUAAAAUGCAUCAGGGAUUGUUUCAUGGGGCAGAUAGACAGAUACACGUGUCUUGUAUCAAUGUGUCUCAGUUCUUAUUUUCCAGAUAUAGGAUGGCGUCAAGUUGUUUCUUCUCAUUAGAUAGGUAAAUUUCGAUAAGAUGCAGGUCAGAAACAGGACAUUAUCAGGAGAAAUCACAUUUGUAUUAAGCACUACAUUUACAUUUAAGUCAUUUAGCAGACGCUCUUAUCCAGAGCGACUUACAAAUUGCACUAUUGAUCAAUUUGAAUUAGGCAUUGAUGUCCCUCUCAACCAACUUUGGGUUCUUUUGAGGAUAACUUGGCACUCCAACUUCAAUAGAUCACAAGUGAAGUGGUAACUUGAACAGUCAAGACAUGCUGCAGUGAUCCAUUCAAGUCAAUUCCCCCUCAAAUCUCUGCUCAAGGCUACUGGUUUUUAAAGGGGCAGUGCAGUCAAACUUGAUUUUUCUUUUUUAAUGAUAUUUUCACACUGAAAUUGUGAAAAUGAUGAUAAUGCCCUUUUUAGUGUAAGAGGUUUAUUUUUUUAUGCCUGUUCAAGUGGGAUGGAGUUUUUGGCCCACAGUAUGACAUCACAAUCUGAUCUGAGUAUUCUGACCAAUGACCCCUUUAACAAAAAUGGUUCGCUCCUACAGACAUUGAAUCCCGUGGCUGAGGCUUGCUAUAUAAAGCAGGCAGACAGGUUACUGAGUGUAUUUGGUGUUAUUUUCAUGAAAUAAACAGUGAUUUAUUAGACAGUGAUGAUUUAAAAAUGUAAUUAAAAAAAGACUGCAUGGGAGCUUUAAUGUCUUGAGAAAGCGGAAACCCAGAAAGUCAAAUAUAUUUUAGUGCUUCACUUCGAGUAGUGUUUACUUGAUAAAUGAAAUAUCAAGAUUCCAACCCUGUUGCCCUUCUGUAAAUAAGUUGAAUGAAAUGAAUAGAAUAACAAUCAAGCAUAGAUUAAAAUGAAAGUUUUGUUUGAGGCGUUCUGUUUGUCAAUCGAUUCAAUCUUGUAGGACUCGUAGGAAAUUAUUUAACUUGACAUUUUCUAUUUUCUAAUAGUUGGUUUGUAUCCAAAUAGAAGUCAAAUCAUACUCCAUUUUGCUAAUUGCUUCUGAGUUGCCAUGUAUGGUGAAGGAGGGCGCCAAAAGGUGUAGGGUGAAGUUGCCCAUAGACGCUGAUCUUGGGUCAGUUUUGCAUUUCCCCUCUAAUGAUUAAGUUUAGGAUUGUGGCAGAGGCUGAUGCUAGAUCUGUACCUAGGGGAAACAUUAUCCCGGAGUGCUCAAAACCAGAAACUAAACAUGAAGCAUGCUGGUCCUAACUAGCCUGAAAUCCAAACUGACAUUCUCUGUUUAUCAGUUUGUAUUGCAGUCUAGGUUCUAACUGCUCACUGAAGACUAAAACUUGGUGGUAGCUUGAAAAACUCAAAUACUGGUCUGCUGUUUGAAUGGAGUGCUUUUAUAUGCACAGAGAGUGUCUUUAUAUUGAAUAUAUAUAUUUUAUAGAAUGUAAUGAUGUAACAUUUGAUUUUAUUUAUCUUACACUUAAAUGAAGUUCUGGAUGGAUUUAAUUUAAUUAUUGUCGUGUACUGUUUUCAUUGUGUUGUGCAAUAAAGUGGUACUUCUGCUAAAUUAA